AUGAAAGAUUAAUAAUAUCCGAGCAUUUUAACGUAACACACCGGGGCAUAGGAAACUCACUUGUAGGAGGUGGUCGUCACAACCAAAAUACAUCAUAUUUCAACAUGCAAAUAUUACUCUGAGGCAUACACCUCAUGUAUUAUGUAUAUAUCUCUGACUUUUUGUCGUUGUUGCAUGCGGAGUAUUUGUGCCAAUCAACAAUUCUACAUUUAUUCCAAUCACCAAUUUCUAUUUUUGUUUCUAUAAAACCUUUCCAAUCAUAUAGCCAACCACUUCACACUCUUUCCUCUAAAGGAGGGCCGCGGAAGUUGGUUACUCUGCAUUUUCUUCUUCUUAAAAACAUUAAUCAAAUCUGCAAAUCCAUCAAACCCAAAAUUAAUAAAAAUGCUGUUGAGAAGCUCAUCAAGCCCUUUGUUGAAUUCAUGGAAACCGAAAUCAUGCGGGUCAUCACCCGAAUCCGACUUAUUACCCAUUACAACCCAACAAUUGAUCCGAACCCGAUCGGUGUUAAUGUCGACGUCGUUUGGUCCCGAUGAAUCUCCGACGAAGCAUGCACCGAAUCGGUCUCGAGAUCCGGCUGUUCAGAAGAAGAACAUAAACGGGUCGAAGAGAGAGGUGAAAACGAUGGUGCCGGCGAAGCUGGGGUCCACAGGAGUGAGGAUAUUGUUAUCGAAUUCCGGGUUGGGGAAGUCGGAGGAGGAUAAAGAGAGGGGGUUGAAGACUCUGGUGGCGGGUGGUGUUGGUGGUGGAGGAGGAGGAGGAGGUCGAGUUUGUGGUGGCGGCGGUAGUGGAGGGACCCGUGAUGGAGAUGGGUCGGGUUCUCAGGAUUCGAAUAGUUGGCAUGGGUAUAAGAGUACUGAUGUUUAUUACCAGAAAAUGAUUGAGGCUUACCCGAGGAAUGGUCUGCUUCUUGCCAAUUAUGCCAGAUAUUUGAAAGAGUUUAAGGGUGAUUUAAAGAAAGCAGCGGAGUACGGCGGAAGAGCAAUUUUAGCAAGUCCUAAUGAUGGUAAUGCGUUGUCAUUCUACGCUGAUCUGAUAUGGCAAACCCAGAAAGACGCAGCUCAUGCCAACACUUACUUUGAUCGAGCCGUGAAAUCUGACCCCGAUGACUGCUACGUACUAGCCUCAUAUGCUCGAUUCCUGUGGAAUGCUAAAGAAGAAGAUUUGAACGAGGCCGAGGAAGAAAAACUGAGUAAGCAAUUUGGUAUGCAGAAUGAGAAUUCAGCACCAGCCCCAAACUUCUUUAGCGCAUCGUCUCAUCGACCUCCCAUGACUGCUACUUCUUAAUUUAAUAAUAGCCUUUUCCAAUGUUAAUCAGACCUCUGCGCACAUAGUUUAGAUAACUAAUAAGCGUUCCUAGUAUAUAAAUAGCUAAGAAAUAGAGUUGCUCUCGACUAUGAAGAGUUUUCUUUCUGUCUCUUUUACAAGUACUAAUAAAACUUUGUAAUUUUGUGAUGUCUGAUAACCGGUAAUAUCAUUUGUACACUGAGUUGCUUCUCAAUAAAAGUUGUUUUUUAGUA